GUCCCCGUUCGGCCAUCUUAGUUGUUGUGGUUGGUGUGCUUAGCAUGAAGUUAAAAUGCAACAAAAUCUACUCUUUCUUUAUAUAGCUAAAUAAAAACAUUAAGGAUUUAUAUCGAUUACGAUAAUUACGGUAAUGGAUGGAUAGUGCCUUCAAUUCGAAUGUCGUCGAUUAAUCAAGAUUUCUACAAUGUGAAUGUGGAUUUUCAAAUUUGUAUGAUGCAAUUGAUCACAUUUGAAUGCUAAUUUAAUCACUUGAGAAGAAACUGCCAAAAUAUUUUAAAUUAAUAGAAUAUUUUUAAAUAUUAAGUAUUUCGCCAAAUAUCCAAACAUCAGAAGUAUGAUAACAGUAUGGCAGAAACUAUUUAUGAUUAUGCAUUUUUUUGAAAAUGUUCAUAUCUGUGCUAUAUCUGAAGCAAGAAAAGUACCUGCAAAUCGUAUAUUAUGAUGCCACAUUUUGAUUUUGACAGAAGAUUCAUAUUAAAGCUGAAAUUUUGCAAUGCUCUCUGGCUAAUGCAACAUGGCACUCUAUGGGAUGUGGAUCAUAGUAUGGAAACUACUGAUUUAGUUUUCUAGUUUGAGAUGCAGAUUAGUAUUUAUGAAUGUUUAAUAUUAUCAACAUGCUCCUUCUUUGUAUUUUAAAGCAACAAUUUGAAAAUGGAAAAGAAGACAAAAAAUGAUAUAUAGUCACAUUUUGAAAAAUAUAAUAUACAUUUCUUUUAAUUGGCUGUAUGUGCAAUAUGCUUUAUGGAUGAAUGUUUUAAAACAAAAUGAAAAAUAUAAAAUAGCUCGUGUUUUGAAGUUGCAACCCGAAUGUGGCCCACCCGUGCCAAAAGGUUGCCGAUCCCUGAUCAAAUUAAACGAGUUGGAGAAAGCUUUGAUAUGAAUUGUGAAGGAAAAAAUAGUAUAUGACCAGUUUGUAUCAAUGAUGUUUGAGGGGAAACAUAUUCAUUUUUCUCCAGUGGAUAAUAAGCCCCUCUGUUCAUACAGUGUAAAGUUGUGUAAACAACGUCGAUUAAAUGGAUAUGCAUUUUGCAUUCGACAUAUUUUGGAAGAUAAAUCUGCUCCCUUUAAACAGUGUGCUCAUGUUGCUCGUUACAAUAAUCAAAAAUGCACAAAUCCAAUUCCAUCUAAUGAAGAUAGAGAGUUCUGCAAUAGUCACAUGCAAGUUGCUGGAAUGCUUCCAAAAAAGGAGCGUAAAAACAAAAAAGAGAAAGAAAGAGAUUUAUUUAUACCUUCAGAUGGGAGGUUAAAAUUUGCUGAUAAGUUAAGAGCUCUUUUAAAGAAAGAAAAUAGCAUUACAAAUACUGAAGAAACUUUCAAUGAUGAUCCGUAUGCAUUUCCUGAUCCUGUUACUGAAAAUGGUAAUAAUAAUGGUGGAACAGGAUUAUCAGUGGCUCGAACACCUUGGAAUUGUACACAAAAGAUUUUGGAUAGUGCAAAUUCAGAAAAUAUAAUAAAAAAUGAAGUAACUCAGUCUAAGAACAAUGUUUCAGCUGAAUGCAGAUCGAAAUCUCAUACACCUAAAUUAUCAAAAACAAUGAAUAGAUUACAGGCUAAAAUUGCAGAAAAUAAACUGCUUGAUAAAUUGAAAAAAUCUCAGGAGUCUAGUCAUCAGAACAAUACUGUAGCAACAGUGGGAGGUAAUUCAAUAAAUAUUAAGUCUGAACCUCUAUCACCAGCAGCAGCUUUCACUGUACAAAGUAGUAGUCCAAAAACAAACCCUGUUUGUGGAAGGAAUAAACUAUUAAAUAAAUUACUUGGUAAUAGUAAAAGUAACUGUUCUACAAAUACAAGUAAUUCAGAUCUUCACAGUGUAAUUCCAGUAGAUAAUGCAUCAGACACAUCAAAUAUAAGUUUUUUAUUGUCAUCAGCAAUGCACAAAACAUCAAACUUAAAAUCUCAGGUCACAUCAAACCAUCAAAUAUCUAAAUUUGUAACUUCAGAUAGGUGUUCAAAUAAUUCUAAUUCAAUAACUGGAAUGGUUAUGGUGAAACCACGAAAAAGCAAGGUCACAGAAAUUACUUCCAUUAAAGUUCCUCCAGUUCUUCAAAGAAUAGAAGAGUUUUGGCAAAGUGAAAAGAAAUGUUGUAAAGACUUAUAUCCUUUAGGUAAAUAUUAUUUUAACUAUUUAUUAUUUCUAUUUAUACUAUUAUUAGUUAUGUAAAUUCAAUGCAAACAA